UCUCCAAUCAAUAAGUACGUAAUCGUUAAGACACAAAGCAAAAGUAAGUUCGCGAUUGCAGCGGAACUGUGGGUGAUUGGAGAAAAACGGUCUGUAUCCCAGGGAGAACAUUGAACAAUGACCUUCCCGAAGAAAAUUGGUCUAUGUUCAAGUGCAGUAUUGUUCACAAAUGCGGUUAGUUACAGACAUGCAAAUUAUCGCUUCUUGUAGAAAGUCUCAAAUCAGCCAAUGAAUUGUUGGUAGUGUUGCAAGUGUGCUAUGCUAAUAAUGAGAACUCUUCGCCCGACGAAACUGCGUUGCCCAUAAACACAGAUAAACAAAUAAGGUCAAUUCAACAAUCUUACUUGUAACGGAGUUGAAAUUGCUAUGUAUGAUAUACUAAUGCAUUCUAUUUUCUUUCUAUUGCAGGGCGACCAAACGUAAACUCUUUAGAGGAAGAAGAGCAAGCCAUAUGUACAUUAAGCUUACAGGAUGACUCAUAAGACUACUUUGUAAACUGACUCUUCCCGCUGUACACACCACACCGCGCUUUUUGAUUUUGAAAUAAAGAGGCUCGUGAUUCUCACUGUGUUCUCUCUUGGUGUGAAGUCCUCGUUUAACAUUGUGUGCUGUGCUGUUUUUCAGAUCUGUACUGCUGUUCUCUAACUGCUGAUUCCACGUGUUACAACUGGUGAUGGAGGUGUUCACUAAAAAACGCGAUGAAAACCUGGACGAACCGCCGGUGAUUCCAGUCAAGCCAACUACUGGCUCAGCUCCCCGUCAACCGCCACUCCUGGAAAACUCGUCAGACUAUACAGUGUGGAAGUUCAAAGUCACAGCAUAUCUUCGUAAAGUUCCAGCUUCGGAACAAUUCGAUUAUCUGGUGUCCUACCUCAGAGACGAAGCUACCAAGAGAGCUAUGGUCAACGGGUUUGCGGCGGACAAUACUCUCGCUCAGAACUGGAAGAUUCUCGACGGUUGUUUUUCGACGCAGGUGGAUCCCCAACAAGCAGCCAUCCGAUUUUUGUCACGACAUCAAACACCCGGCGAGAAUCCAAUGGAUUAUUUUAAUUCUUUGCAAAAGAUGGCUGUGCAAGCGUUCCCUUGUCUUGAUGCCACUGGAAGAGAUGAAUUGAUCAAGUCUCGGUUCGUGGAAGGGUUACUAUCCAGUUCCUUAAAGGAACACUUCCUACUGAACCCUCCAACAGAUAUAAAUUCCUUAAAAAAAACUACAUUCCGGUUCAUGGCAGCCUAGCAGCUAAAAAGCCCAAUGGACAUGCACCAGCCAACCGCGAUGGCAGCAAUGCAACCCACAAAAGCGAGUCGCCCACUGAACCCUCAACACAUACCCGACGUAAUCCAGUCUUCCCACUGGAGCAG